AUGAUAAAUUAUUUCAGGAAUAAAACCAUCGAAUCUGAAACAGUGAAAACCUCAGAAGUGAUUAAAAAGAAACUUGAAGAAAUAACAGGGACAGUUAAAGAGGGAGUAGAAAGUGUUAAGAAGGAAAUCGAUGAAAGUGUUUUGGGGCAAACUGGGCCCUACAAACGCCCGGAGCGGCUCCGGAAACGAACGGAAUAUUCCGGAGAGAGGAUCAAAGAGGAGAGGAUAUUUGAGGCUAAUGAGGAGGCCAUGGGAAUGGUGCUGCACAAAGACUCCAAGUGGUACCAGCAGUGGAAAGAUUUCAAGGACAACAACGUGGUUUUCAACAGGUUCUUUGAGAUGAAGAUGAAGUACGACGAGAGCGACAACGCCUUCAUCCGAGCGUCCCGCGCCGUCACCGACAAAGUCACCGACUUGAUAGGUGGAUUGUUCUCCAAGACGGAGAUGUCGGAGGUGUUGACGGAGAUCCUCAAAGUGGAUCCCUCCUUUGACAAGGAUCGUUUCCUGAAGCAGUGUGAGCGGGACAUCAUCCCCAACGUCCUGGAGGUGAGGGAGGGAGACAUUCCUUGGAAUUUUUUUCCCUUUUUUUACUUUACUUACAGCCAGCUGGCUCAUCCCAUCCAGCAAGCCAAAGCCUUGGGGCUCCAGUUCCAUUCCAGGAUCCUGGACAUCGACAACAUCGACUUGGCCAUGGGGAAGAUGAUGGAGCAGGGACCAGUUUUGAUCAUCACCUUCCAGGCUCAGGUCGUGAUGGUGAUAAAGAACCACAAAGGAGAGGUGGUGGAAGGAAAUCCGGACAAGGUGCUGAGGAUGCUCUACGUGUGGGCCCUGUGCCGGGACCAGGACGAGCUCAAUCCCUACGCGGCCUGGAGGCUCCUGGACAUCUCCUCGUCCAGCACCGAGCAGGUCCUCUGAGGAAUCCAUGCAGCCAGGGCCUUCCUGACCCUCUGGAGCUCGGAACUCGCCCCAGCCUCCUGGACUGUGGGGGGAAAAAGCCAGGCUGGGGGCUCUUGGGGGGCUUUUUUUUGGGAGAGCGGGUGAUGCCGGUGAUCCCAAAUGCCCGGAGGAGCCGGGCGGGUGUGCCCUCCCUGCCCCGUGCUUUGCUGUGUCCAAGGGUUUGUAGAGCUCCACCUCAGAGACACGGCCUGGUCCUUCUUUCGUCGUGCCUGGAGCGUUUCCCAGGAUUCCAGCGAGGUGGGAAUCGGGAGGGGGCUGUUCCAGGUCUAAUUCCCACCUCCGGCGGCCUCGGAGCAGCCCUGGAAAAGCCUUUUUUCCACUCUGAGCUGCCACGUGUCCUGUCCAAGCUCCACCACCAGGCCUUGUGUCCCUGCCUCGCACUUUACCAGCCAAAUACAAGCAGGACUUUGCA